GAGUGUCGUGCGUUCCGCGUUCCAUCCCAGCGUUCCGGUCAGUGUUCCGUCGUUCCUGCCGUCUCAAGCAUCAGUUCUUCUAUUGCCAAAAUGGAGCACAGGACACGGACGAUGGCGGCGAGGUGGAGGUGGUCCUUAGUUCUAGUCCUCAUCAACUCCGCGCUCAGUUUAGGUCGUGUAGCAUUUGAAAAGCUGACAGAGCUGGAUUACAGAGGCAACACUUACUACACAGUAAAGAACCUUUCUCUCUAUGAGUGCCAGGGAUGGUGUCGGGAGGAGCCAGACUGUCAAGCGGCCUGUUUUAGUUUUGUAUUAAAUCCGCUGACGCCAGUCCAAGAGACAUUGUGCCAGCUGCAAAACGAAACUUCAGCCAACAAUCCAGCUGCGGUCCCUCAGCGAUCAGUCAAUCUCUACUACAUGGUCAAACUGCAGAUUAGAUCAGACAAUGUAUGUUUGCGACCUUGGUCUUUCGAGAGAGUUCCUAACAAGAUGAUUCGAGGAUUAGACAACGCUUUGAUCUACACUUCAACCAAAGAAGCCUGCCUCGCUGCGUGUCUAAAUGAGUAUCGCUUCACUUGUCGUUCCGUCGAGUACAACUACGUGACUCUGCAAUGCCAUCUAAGUGACUCGGACCGCCGCACGACGGGGCAGUAUGUACAGUUUGUGGACGCCCAGGGAGUCGAUUACUUCGAGAACCUCUGUCUUAAAGGCAACCAGGCUUGUAAAGGCAACCGAGUCUAUCAAAUUCCAAGAAUAGGAGUUGCAGACGACAAAGUUGCGCAGUAUGCAAGUCUUCACUACUACGUGGAUAAAGAGUUGCAGGUGAAAACUGAGUCAGCGUGCCGACUUGCUUGUGAGAUUGAGAACGAGUUCUUGUGCCGUUCGUUCCUGUACAAGGGGCCUCCGGUAGGCUCGUCUUACAACUGUCAGCUGUUCCAUCUGGACCACAAGACACUGCCUGAUGGACCCAGCACGUACCUAAACGCUGAACGGCCGUUGAUCGACGACGGACAGCGUGUCGGCACCUACUACGAGAACUACUGUGAAAAGUCACUCAACACUCACGAGCAGCUCCCAGUGGUGUUUGAAACAACGGAUGACAACAACAUCAGCAACCUGACCCGGACUGAUAUCAACUGUGACAAGACUGGAACUUGCUAUGAUGUCUCGGUCAACUGCAAGGACACCAGGAUCGCUGUGCAAGUUAGGACCAACAAACCGUUCAACGGACGUAUCUACGCCCUCGGCCGCUCCGAGACGUGCAACAUCGACGUCAUCAACAGCGACCUGUUCAGACUCGACCUGACCAUGAGUGGGCAAGACUGUAAUACACAGUCUGUGACCGGAGUAUAUUCGAACACAGUGGUUCUCCAACAUCACAGCGUAGUCAUGACGAAAGCAGACAAGAUCUACAAAGUCAAGUGUACUUACGACAUGUCCUCCAAGAACAUUACCUUCGGCAUGAUGCCUAUUAGAGAUCCGGAGAUGAUCAGUAUAACAUCGGCUCCCGAAGCUCCUCCUCCGCGUAUUCGUAUUCUCGACACUCGACAGCGUGAGGUAGAGACUGUGAGGAUUGGAGACAAACUGACGUUCCGCAUUGAGAUCCCAGAGGACACGCCUUACGGAAUCUUUGCACGAAGUUGUGUUGCAAUGGCUAAGGACUCAAAGAGCACUUUCCAAAUCAUUGAUGAUGAAGGAUGCCCUGUCGACCCCAGCAUUUUCCCUGGCUUCACUCCUGACGGCAACGCCCUACAGUCCGUGUACGAGGCGUUCAGAUUCACCGAGUCUUAUGGAGUCAUCUUUCAGUGUAACGUCAAAUACUGUCUUGGACCUUGCGAACCGGCCGUGUGUGAGUGGGGCAGAGAAUCGGUGGAGUCAUGGGGUCGUCGCAAGAGAGCCGUCAACACAUCCGACUCUGAGAAUUCUGAGGAAGACAUGACUCUCAGCCAAGAGAUUUUGGUUCUUGACUUUGGCGACAACGAGAAAACAUCACAGUUCCUCAAGACUGACGAACCUCUUUAUGCUGAGUUCGAUAAAGACAAAACGGUGACGAUUAUGGAGCCGUGUCCAACUAAGACUUCCGUCCUCACCCUGGGUGUUACAUGCGCACUAUUGAUCGUCAUCUACAUCACGACAAUAUUCAGCUAUUACAUGAAGAAGUGGAUGACGCCGCGCAAGAUGAUGGCCUAGUUCUAUAGUCGAUAACUCAACUUUAGUCUGACUCUUGAUUUGUAGUGAAGAUGCAAAACUUGACCCACUUAUUUAUAUUUAUUAAGUUUUUCCUCUUCAUUGCAAAUAAAAUGUGUUUCGUAGGAAACGACACAGUGUGAAUUGUCCUAGGUUAAGUUUUAUUUAUUGAGAGCUUUAAUUUGUUUUGUGCGUUUCUAAUACUGUUUCUUGUUGAAUUAAAAAUUAAUCUCUUUCCGGUGAUUAAAUUACUAGGUGAAAUUAGUUGAAUCAAUUUGUAAAGUAUUUGUGGUAAUGAAUUUAUCUCAGAAAAUUAAGGUUGGGUGAAACCAUUAGUGGUUAAAAAAAAUGGGAAAUUACUUCGUAAAAUACUUACCUUACAUAUAGGUUUUGUAGCGACUAAGAUAAAUUUAAAUUAAAAGUAAAAAAUAAUUAAGGUGUUUGAGUUCCUUGAGUAUAAAAAAUACUAACCCACCCUGAUGAAUUUAAAAUAUCACUACCAACGUGCCUAUAACUGUUUACAUUUUAAGAGUACCGGUAACUACAAAAGUGUAUUUGAAAAAAAAACAAUUAGAACCUUUACGAAAAUUCAUACAGUUGGAUCGUUAGUGCUUGUUAGGUGAUGAAAGAGAACUAACAAUGAAAAUAAGAAUUGUUGACUUAGUACUGCAAGAUAAGUUGCAAUAAAUAAUUAAAUUAUUCUUAAUUUCCCCAGUUUUCUUAAUGUGAUCUCUUAACUAAUAACUUAUUUUACACCCACCAUUCUGCUUACUGACUGAAGUAAUAUUUUAUUUAUAAGAACUAUAAAUGUAUACUAACAAUAUUCUUAUAGGACUAAUUGUGAUUCUAGACAAGGAAAUUACAUCACAACGACAUAAAAUAUGGCCAGCAUGAGUUGUAAAGCUAUUUAGUACGUAGGAUAAUCCAAACGCAAGAUUUCUGGGUGAUACUUGCAAGAAAAAGUUAUUCUUGUCCUAUAACACAUUAAAAGUACCUACAAAAUAUGAAUAGGUUGUUAAACUUAUCAGACUACAUUAUAAUAAUAUCUUAAUUUACUUUUAAUUUGAACAUAAUUUUUAGUUCACUGCAAAAAUUAACAAACGUACGGUUUUGAAUAUUAUUAUUGUGAACAAACUGAUAAUUUUUUUUAAUGGAACAGUUCAUGAAAUGUUUUUUAUCUCCUUGUAACUAAAACAUUAAAGAGUGUUUCAAACAUCACAAAAAAAUUAGGGAAUCACAGAAUGUCACAUGUAUUGACCAGUGUUUUUUUUUACAAAAAAGAUCUCUGUUCUUUAUGAUGUUAUAGAUUCAAGAACAUUAGCAAAGUACCACCCAAACUUCUUGAUAAGACUGUACAUAUAGGUUAAGACAAGUGAACAAGUUUCCAAUACGGGUGUGACUGUACAUAGGUCCGCUCAGGGUUGGUGGAGGCUCCACCUUUUUGUAAAUACGAACUUCGACCACAAAAAUGUAUUUAACUAUACUCUUCCAUAGCAUUCAUAUGAUUUUGCAGUAAAACGUGGUAAAAACUGA